CCUGUAAAUUUGUGUUGCCACGGUUACUAGGCGCGAACGAUUGAGGUUGAGAAGGAGUGAUGGCAACUACUGAUUCUUUGAUAUCUUUAGAGUACAUCAACCUCUCUGAUGUAUUGCGACACUUGAAGCAUUAUAUGUACAGGAUCAGGAGGGAGAAUGGGUUUGAUUUGUCUGGUCCGGAAAAACCCUGGGGUGAAUUCACAGCUGCUAAAGGAGGAUCCUAUUAUUUCAGUUAUUAUCAAGACCAACUCCUUGAGAGUAUGCUGGACUCCUACUCAAAGCACAGAGAAGGAAAGGUUUUUGACAACAUUUGUGAGCUCUUAGCCUCAAGACCGACCUUACUUGGAAGGAUAAGAGGACCUCUUGAUCUACUGGAGCAUCAAGAGGUUGAAGAUAAUGUCUCAAAUGAGUCAACAAGACUCAUACUGACAAUUGCACAAAUACUUAUUCAAGAAAAUGGUGUUUUCCUGAAAUCUCUCAAGCCACUGACAUCUCCUGCUGCAUCACUGGAAUCAAGCAAAGAGCAUCUAGUAAUUGACUCUGUGAUAAACAAAGCGAUAGUAAAAGGAGCUAAUGACUAUCAUGUUGAGAAGAGAGAGAGAAACUCCACUCCUAGCACUGACGGCACCGAUAAUAACGCCCGCAAACCCAAACCAAAGAACUCAAAAACCUGUUGCAGCUGCGGCCGCGAAAAACCUUCAAAAGCCAAACCAGUCCUUCCCCGCAUGAUCUCAUCACGUUCUAUUGCUGACUCAACUAAGAGUGACUCAGUGUCCAGCAGACAGAGGAGGACUGCUAUGGGUCCUGCUCUUGUUUAUGUUCCUCCGUCUCGAGGAGUUGAUAGCAAUCAGACGUCCCCUCGUUCUGUUUUAGCAGCUGCUGAUAAUAGUUAGAUGAGGGUGUGUCUAAAAAAUGAAAAUCAUAUGACAAAACUUUGACUUAAUUAAGAGUAGAAAAUCAAAUUAAUAUUAUUAUACAGAAAUACGUUAUAUUAUUUUUGCUGUUGUUAGUUGUGUGUAUAAUUUUUAGUGAAGUUUUCAAUUUGUAGUUCGAAAUUUUUAAAUGCAA